CUUUUAUCAAUCUGUAUAAGCAAGGUUGGAAGUUGGAGAGCUUUGGGUGAGCAACAAUGGCGAGCCACGACACCAACGGGGACCUGCUAAUGCUCGAGGCUCCGCCGCAGCCCUCAGGCCCGACAUGGCCCGGAUUGUCGAGCGCAGAAGUCAUCGACGCCUUGCCGUACAUCGACGAAGACUACAGCGACUCCAGAGUCAAGGAAGAGGUGGACCGCUUGGUCGAGGACGAGAUGCGCCGAAGCUCCAAGAAGCCCGCCGACUUUCUUAAAGACCUGCCUCCUCUGCCCAAGUUCAACUUCGAGAAUCAUCCAAUGAUUGCUAGAGAGUAUGAGCGUGUGAGAGCUGGGAAGCCUCCAGUGGCUCUUGACAGGUCACGAUAUAAUUUAGAACCACCACCAGUGAAUAAAAGGAAUGAUGAAACAGCUUGGAAGCAGACACUUCAGAGAGCUCAAUGCUUGCUACAGUAUCAAAUGAUCAGUCUUGAAAAUUUGGAUCUGAUGGUAAAAUAUGGUCCAGAUCUCUGGAAGCAGUUCAUCCAACGAUUUGAAGCAUUCCUAUCAAGAAUGCAAAAAUUAGAUCAGGAACAAAAUGAAAAGAUCGAGGCAGUUAACCGUGAAAGGAAAUAUCAUCAGCAAAAUACUGCGUAUGAGCUUAGUGCUUUGUCCUUACAAUGGAAGGAACUUUGUGAAAAAAAUUUGGAAAUUCAAACUGCAUGUAGUAAAAUUGAAAAUCAAAUAGAAGAACUGAAGAAAGAAGCAUCAGAGAGAGGCUGGAACUUAGAAGCUGAUAUUCAGAAUGGUACUGUUUUGCAUUCGGAAUGAUUAGGCUCCUCAAAAUGGUGGUAUGGACUUAAUGGGAUCUUGAGACUUUGGGAUGAUCUGUAUAGUAUAGCGGCUCUAAUUUCAUUAUGCUGCUGGAUGUGACUGGCCAUUAGAUGGAUCAUAUGGUCAUCCCAGUUGUGUGGAUGAGAUCCAUUCCACGUGGGGCUUAAAGAUUCUCCUUGUAUCUUGUAUCAAUUUUUAAGUGAAGGGAUUUCUUCCCAUGUAGCUGUAGUGAUUGUCAAGAGUUUACUUGUGACUGAUAAUUUUUCAAAAAAAAAAAGAUUAAGUUCAGAUUUCUAAUGACUUAUCAAAAAAAAAAAAGUGAAGUAAAAAUUUCUGUUUUUAAGUCA